AAGGCUCGUGGGCUCCUCACAGCUGCACAUUUUCUGCAGCAAACACCUUGUCUUCUGCUGGUCUCUGCUGUCCUCAGCCACAAUGUGUGACGCACUGGUGGGUACCUGGAAGCUCACUGUGAACAACAGUGAUGAUUUUUCCAAGUUCUUGGAGGCAGUUGGGGUGAAUUUUAUCACUCGACAAGCUGUAAGUCACUUGAAGCCUGAUGUGAUCAUCUCGAAAAAUGGGGAUGAGUGGUCAAUAAAUACAUUGAGUACCUUUAAGAACACAGAGCUGAAGUUCAAGUUGGAUGAAGAGUUUGAUGAAAUCACUGCAGAUGGCAGAAAGGUUAAGUCAGAAAUUGCAUGGAAAGAUGGAGUAUUAAUACAAAAGCAAACAUGGGAUGGCAAAGAAUGUGCAAUCACAAGAGAAGUGAAAGAUGGCCGCCUGAUCACAACUUGCAUGAUCGGUGAUGUGAAAUGCGUACGGAUCUACGACAAAAAAUAAGCUCUUCAGCGUGUAGAAUUCAUACUGUAAAUGUAAGCUCAGUUCAAUAAGCAGUACACUGGUUCUGAGCCCCUUGGCUGGCAUCAAAGCUUGUGAUAUCUUGUGAUCCUCUGAUAUGUGUAUAAUAAAGCUUUUGUUCUCCAAA